UCCCAAUGGUUGCAGCCGAAGCUGGUGGAGGCCAGAUAUGCGGGGCCCGAUGCCAGGCCCGGUUCAGAAAUGUGCAGUGUCGACGGGACGCAGCCCGAGCAGCGCCAGGAAGAGCCUGCCCAUGUCCGAGAGGCAGCAGAUGGCCCUCGUUAUGCAGAUGUGCGCCAGCGACGCAGCAAACAGCAGCAACCCUUGCACGAGUCCGCCACCCUUGCUGUCCCCGAGCGGGGGCGGAAGGGCGCGUAUGAGGAACGAAAGGGGCGAGACGCCGCUCCACUUGGCCGCCAUCAAAGGCGACAUCCAGCAAACGAAACGUCUGCUCUCCCGAAACGCAGAUCCAAACGUCGCAGAUUUCGCCGGUUGGACGCCGCUGCACGAGGCCUGCAACCACGGACAUUUGGAGGUGGCCAGGUGCCUGAUCAACGCCAAUGCGGACAUCAACGCCCGCGGCCUCGACGACGAAACUCCCCUGCACGACGCAACCAGGAACGGACACAUCAAGUUGGUGGAGCUGCUGCUGCAGCACGGCGCCGACCCGCACCUGACGAACACGCACGGCGUCGCGCCUAGAGACAUCAACGGUCCGCAGGUCGCCGAGUUGGCCUACCUCUUCAUCGAGCACUCGCUGCAGCCGCCCACGACGCCGCGGCCCGCCUCCACCCACCAGCAGACGCCUUCCGAAGGUGAGACCGCUGCCGCCUCCGCGGAGAGCGGCCCCGAAGCGGAAGAAGAAGAGGAGGAGGAGGAGGCGGCGAGGCCAUUUGGCUGCGUUUCGAUUGCGGCGCCGGGGGCAGCGGAGACAGCAACCACGAGUGUCGCCACCCGUCAUCACCAGCCGACCUCGCGUCGCGCUUCCUACAAUCAAACGGUGCCGCGCUCGGCCGCCGCCGGUGGCGCCGCCUGUGAGAUGCGGCGGACACCGUCGCAGAACAAAGUUGACAAGAGCGGCUCGCCCAGAGUGACCCUGCGCCUCCACCAGGUCAAGUCCAGGGAUGAUAAGCGCUCCCUGCAGACCAAGGACGCGGCCAGCUACGAAACCAGGCUGCAAUUCAGCAUAAUGGACCAGAAGGCGGAGGACAUCUACGAGUUCAAGAGCAGCAAGGACGGCGCGCCGAACAGUCCGUUGGAUGCCGUGGACAAGGACAGCGAGAACAUCUCGGCCAAUGCGCCGCCGCCGUCGCAGCAGCCGCAGCAGCAGCCGUCCAGCCCGCGUAAGGAGCUGGACGGAAACGGCGGCGGCACGGCUGAAAAGGAGGCGGCACCGAAGAGGAGCGCCUCUGACCUGCUCGACGGCGCCGACGACGACGAGAGCAGACGCAAACGCCGCAAGGAGGACAACAACACAUCAGGUAAAGGCCCCGGCCGGUCCGCGGGCGUUCCGAAGAAGGCGGCCGCAGCGGCCAAAGGGCAGCAGGCGGCCUCCAGCGGCCAGAACAGCAAACAAGUAGAGCGUCCGUCCGACCGCAAGAGUCCCGCCUCCGGAGGCAACAGUCCCAAGUCCAAGACCGGCGACAGCGAGAGCGACGGCGACGACACCAAGCGGGAGCUGUCCGGCCCCAAGGUGCCGCCGCUCAAGAUCGUGAUUCCCCAGCAGAGCGGCGGCGAGCAGGAGCAGGGCACGCGCAACGGCAAGAACGGCAACGGCCGACACCAGGCCCUGCCCUACGUCGUCACCACCUCGAGCAGCAACGACUCGGACACGGCGGCCGCCUCCAACGCGGCUCCUGACAAGCUCGAAACCGCCCCUGCGGCCACCGCGACUGCUACCAAGGAGGACAAGAAGGACGCGGCCACGCUGCAGGAGGAGCGAUCUCAGCGAGUGCUGCGGAGUUCGCAUCGCUCGUCGAACAGCCACUCCGGGGGCGGCGGAGGCGGCGCGGGCUGCUCGUCGUCGGCGGGCGGACUGGACUCGAUGGCGAACAGCCCGAGUCCGUCCAAGUCGGACGACAAAAGCGAGGCGGGCCCCAGCGCCGAGGGGGCCGCCGCCGUCGAGGUGCAUCCGCGCAAGAGGAAAAUCAAGGCGAGCAAAGAGUCUUCCGUGGAGAGCGUGCCCGAGCCCUCCAAUAGUCACAGCGACCCCCACCCGGGCGAGUCUGCACCCGCCACCAACUGCUACGAGAUGUUCCUCAACAUUCGGAAACAGAUUGACAGGAGAAGAAAAGGAUUGUUCCCUGUGCAGCCGAAGCCUCCUCAGGGUUUCAAGGACUACUUGAUGAACAAAUGCACGUACGUGCUGGCGGGAAAGGCGACAACUAGGGUCCGAAUGCAGCCGCCGCCGCCCAAUUUGGCCACGCCCAUGAAAGAACUGUUCGUCGAGCAGGAGAAGGCCCGAUACAGACUGUGUUUGCAGCAUGUGAUAGAGAAGGAAAAACUGGUGCUGUCGGUGGAGCAGGAGAUUCUGCGGGUCCACGGACGGGCAGCGAGGGCGCUAGCCAACCAGUCGCUGCCCUUCUCGGUCUGCACGAUCCUGAAAGACGAGGAGGUUUACAACGUGAUCACGCCCGAGCAGGAGGAGAAGGACCGCAACGCCAGGUCCAGGUACAACGGCAGGCUCUUCCUCAGCUGGCUCCAGGACGUCGACGACAAGUGGGAGAAAAUCAAGGAGAACAUGCUGCUUCGACACCACAAGGAAGCCGACGCUCUGCAGGCAAUCCAGAAGAUGGACUGGGAGUGGAAGAUGAACGAGCACUCGCUGUGCGAAUCUAAAUCGCAGCCGGUGAUCGACAGCAGCCACGUGCCCCUGGUGCAUGUCUCGGACGACUUUGACCUGCUGCCAGCCUGAAUGUGGCCGUGGAAAUGAAAAAUUUUAAAUGAGUAAUGGAGAGCCGUCCAGUCUAGCUCCUUUGGUCGGCCAGCUCGUGAAAUGAAGAGAGGAAAGAAAGAAUUCGACUCAACUCGUCUGUUUUUGUUCAAAAGAAAAUUAAGUAUUGUUUUGCUUCGAUUUUUCGGAGCUAAUAGUCGCGAACAACUCAGCGUGAUCUUAAGUAAUUGGUUUCAAUUUUCGUCUGUUGGGUACGGAGAACGACACUCGUAUUUGGAUUUAAUUUAAUUUUCCAUCGAGUUGAGAAAGGCAUUCGAGUCUGUUAAAAAAACUGUCUCAGAAUUCACCACUUGUGAUACUUAGUUUGGCCACCGCCACAGCUGGUGCCAAAUGAUUUUUUUCUGACUGCAAAUAUUGUAAACUUCUCAUGUAUGAAAAGUAAAUGGAAUCAUACUAAUUUCAACCUAUA